AGGAGGAGGAGGAGGAGGAGGGGGUCACAGUCCCUCCCUUUAUUUUUAUUUUCCUCUUUUUUGUGCAGGGAAGGAAAUCGUCUUCUCGUCGAGGGGGAGGAGGCUGGUGCCUGGAGAGGUCAAACAGAGACUCAAGGCGACUUACAGAUAAAAUAAGAACAGCGAAAAAGUUUCCGAAAGCCCAUUGGGACAAGAAAGUAUUCACCUGCCGGCGGAAAGACACCAAGGAAAGAGCUUCUCUGGCUUUUCUAGGGAGGCAAUUCAAAAGUGGGGGAGCAGCCACCAAGAAGGCCCUCUCCCGUGUCCCCACCCAAUGUGCCAGGGAGGGUAGCGGGACAGAGAAAAAGGGCCUCCACUGCAGAUCUCAAAACCCAGGUCAAAAGCAGGAAAACUAAAAUUAUAGGAAUUCAUAUGUGGUGUGAGCAGAAAGAAGGGAGAAAACACGUCUAGAAAUCCAAGGAUACCUUUGAGGCACAAAGGAAACCAGAGAGAGAAACCCUUCCAUGUUGCUGCUAUCUAUGAAAUCUUGAUCCCAGUGGAAUAUGACAAAGGGACAAUAAGCAAGGGAAAAGGGCCCUGGGGUGGGGAGGCGGGAUAUUCUAAAAUAAACCAAAGUUAAAUAAAUAUUGCGGAGCCCACACCAGGGGAGAAGCCAUAUAAAUGCAAGGAGGGCAGCAAGAGUUUGCUAAGGAAGCACUUCCUGAACAUCAAAUAGCCAACACAGGGAUGAAACCAUAUAAAUACAUGUGGAGUUAUGCACAUAGCAGAAGCCUUACGGCACAUGAAGGAACCCACACAGGAGAUAAGCCACAUGAAUGCAUGCAGUGUGGAAAGAGCUUCAGUUUCAUUGGAAACCUUAGUACACAUGAAAGAACCCACACAGGAGACAAACCGUAUACAUGUACGGAGUGUGGAAAGAGCUUCAGCCAGAGUGGACACCUUAGUUUACAUCAAAGAACCCACACAGGAGAGAAGCCAUAUGAAUGCACGCAGUGUGGAAAGAGCUUCAGUUACAUUGGAAACCUUAUUUCACAUGAAAGAACCCACACGGGAGAAAAACCCUAUAUAUGCACAGUGUGCGGAAAGCGGUUCAGUCAGAGUGGACACCUUACUUUACAUCAGAGAACCCACACUGGGGAGAAACCAUACGAAUGUCGUGAAUGUGGAAAGAGGUUUAGUCAGAGUGGCCUCCUAACUUCACAUCAGAGAACCCACACAGGGGAGAAACCAUAUGAAUGCAAAGAGUGUGGAAAGAGAUUCAGUCAGAGUGGACACCUUCGUUUACAUCAGAGAACCCACACGGGGGAGAAACCUUACGAAUGCCACGAAUGUGGAAAGAGCUUCAGUCAAAAUGGACGCUUAACUUCACAUCAAAGAACUCACACAGGAGAGAAACCAUAUCAAUGCAUGGAGUGUGGAAAGCGCUUCAGUCAAACUGGGCACCUUACUUCACAUCAGAGAAUCCAUAAACGGGAGAAGCCACACAAAUGUCUGGAGUGUGGAAAGGGUUUCAUGGAUAAUGGAGCACUUACUAAACAUCAAAGAAUCCACACAGAAGAAAAACCACACACGUGUUUGGAGUGUGGAAAGAGCUUCAGUCGAAAGGCAAACUUUAGUUCACAUGAAAAAACCCACACAGGGGAGAAACCAUUCAAAUGUCUGGAGUGUGGAAAGAGUUUUAAUUCUCGUAGGAGUCUUACUUUACAUCAGAAAAACAUGGGAGAGAAACCCUGUAUAUGCGCUGAGUGUGGAAAGAGCUUCAGUACAAGCUGCAAAUUUACUUCACAUCAAAGAACCCAUACAAUGGAUCAGCCAUAUGAAAUAGCAUGGAAUUUGCAACAGCUUGAAUUAGAAUGAAAUGUAUUGACCCACGGAUUGAAAGUUCCUCUCUCCCUAGAAUUGUAGUGUUGGAAGGGUCCCCCAGGGG